UCCCCUCCCCCCUAGAGUCUUGGUAUCGACUAUCGAUCCAUGUACGGAGGCCCUCGCACUACUGUCGAUUUGGGGCUAGUCUUUGCGCCUUGACUCUCCAGCUUUCUCUCCCCCGGGUUAUAUUCUUAUUAUUGGCCCACCAACCGUCUCUUCGGAUGCUGCACCUCAAUCGUCGUCGAUACCAUCCGGUAUGCGAUCUCGCACAGGCUGGUACGUUAUGUUUAUUAGAUGGUUUGAAUCUUUCUUCAUCAUCCAAAUAAAUAAAUUCACAUGAAAAAAGAAUCAACACAGUUACAGCACAGCUAUCCUCCCUACCUACUUUGCCCGUCGCUUCGGCGGUGCUCAACACCUACCUUCCAGGCAAUACGAGUGAGCUGACUUUUUGGGCUUUGGGUCUUAUCUAUCACAGCUUGACGUGCCGCACUCGCAAACUCAAAUGUGACGAGCAGAAGCCCGAAUGUUCGCAAUGUCGCAAAGGUGGUAGAGAGUGUCGGCCCAGCGAAGGCAUCGUCUUCCGCCAUCAGCAAAAUGCCUCCAUGAACAAGGACUUGGACGAUCCUUCGGCUGGUCGGGGGAAUCUCAAGGGAUUCUACUCGUACAAGAAUACGUUCGAUAAGGAUAGCGUGUGGUUGGAUAUUCCGAAACAUGUUAUAUUCGUCGACAAUUCGGAUCCGUACGCCGACGACCUCGAGGCCGCGCUGGGCGAGUCCGAAGCUGCUAUUCUGGCCGCUAAUUCGCAGACUCGGCACUGGAACUCUCACCAUCCCUCUCCAUCGGACGGGGAAUCACACGGCCUCGAAACGCUGUCCACGGCGGCUGUUCAUGAUCGCCUUUCGUAUCCCUCCUUCAGUGUUGAACCACAACAGGCUUUGGCAGCGACCGACGGCGGCUCGGCCUUCAACACUGUUUCGACCACCUCCAUCUCGUCGGGGCCCUCUCCGAACCCUCCCCGCAGCGCGAUACCCCCUCUCGCUUCCCCUCCAAUCUCGAUCGCCUCCAGCAAUACUAAUACUAAUAAUAACAUCAACUUCCUUUUGAAUCCUUCUUCUCAAUCACACUCGCCGCCGGUUGAUCCGACGAUUCAGCAUGCAUCUGAGCGUAGAAGUUCGUCGUUGACGGCCAGGUCCCUCGUGUCAAGAGGCGGCAAACCGGUUGAACAGCGAUCAGACAUGCCGGUGGAAACCGAGCACGAGAUCGCCUUUCUAUUAAGGAAUUUCUCCGAAGCGCCAGGACUUUGGAUGGAUUUGUUCGACCUGGGAACGUAUUUCGCAUCUUAUAUUCCUGUCAGGGCGCUGACGAAUCCGUUGCUAAAAUAUGCAGCGUGCGCGUAUUCCGCAAAACAAUUAGGCCGCGUCAGGAAGUUCGGAUCCUCCACCGGAGAUGCUGUGCCUAUCCAAGCUUCGCUGGAUUCGUGGCCCGAUGAGAGUGCCGUAGACUGGGGCUGGUAUGGGGCUAAAUAUUAUGAAAAGGCCAUUCAGCUUUUGAUGAAAGAGCUUCAGCCGGACAAAGGCCCAGCGCCGUUGAGUACUCCCGAGGCCUUUGGGCAAUGGCAGGCUGCCGAGCUGUGUGAGAAUGGUGACAAUCCUCGGAAACGUCGACGGCGUUACACGGAAAGUCGCCUGUCUAAUGGCGUUCAUUCGGACGAGAUCCUAGCCGCAACGGCCAUCCUGUCUGUGUAUGAACUGCUGGACGCGACCGGCCCAGCCUGGAGUCGGCAUCUGAGUGGUGUCAAGUCACUGCUGGAUGUGGCGGAGGUCGGAAUGAUGCCGCUUGAACAGCGUCCGUCGCCGGGAGAGACAGCCUUCCCACCUCCGAAACGACCGGGACUCUCCAGGGCCCGCAAGGCGACGUUCUGGAAUUUCGCUCGGCAGGAUUAUCUAGCUGCUUUCAUCAAUGAGUGUCAGACGAGAUUGAACACCGAGGAUUUAGUGUUGUGGACUGAGGCGGGCCUUCAAAUCGAUAAUAUGGGCUUUGUGCGGCUCACUAAUGCCACUACGGCUGGGUAUCCGGAGGGCGACGAGGCUAUGAAGGAGGAUAUUGUCGGUAAUGGGCUCAUCUGGAUCCUGUCUAAGAUCGUCAACUAUAUCAGUGCCGGGGACCACUUGCACUUGGACAACGGUUCCGUUGACUCGGGGCCCUUGGCAAUUUCGCAGCAGGUUCUGCUCGAGCGGUGGUACCGUCUCGAGACCGAGCUUGACGUAUGGUACAACGGGCUUCCGCAUACGUUUCGACCUUGCGCAAGGCUUCAAUCACGGGCAAAGGACAGCGCAACCGGCAGCGACCUUUCGUCUCUAUGCGAGAUAUGGUACAGCAUUCCGGUGUGCGCAUCUGCCAUGCAACACUACCAUAUGGCCCGGAUCCUGCUUCUCAUCAACAAACCCCAUGAGUCAACCAGUAGACGGAGCACCAUCACCAACAGGCUCAACUCAUAUCGUUCGAUUGAGAGCGAAAUCCGGUUUCACAGCCGCGAAAUUGUAGGCAUCUCGCUGGGCCGUCCAAGUGGCGCCGUCCGGAUCAACUCUCUUCAGCCACUGUUCGUCAGUGGCCAGUGUCUCACCGAGCCUGCCGAGCGACGAACGACGUUGCAAUUGCUGCGCGGCAUCGAGACCGAGCUUGGCUGGGCAACCGAGUACCGCGUCAACCAACUGCUCCGAGAAUGGGGCUGGAAUGAGGGGGCCGGGGACGUUGAAGUUCCGUGAGAACAUCAUGCUGCUCUGAACCUCUCUCAUCUCCGCUGAAGGCUCGAAUCGAGUCAAGCACUCUGGUGUACUCGUUGCACAGAUUGGGUCCCUUUGAGAGGAAACCCCAUAUCUGUGGUCUUCAACGAGUACCACGAGGUCAUGCAGGUCUCUUGAAUGACAUGUCAAGACCCCGCUGCGCUUCCUGUCGCCGACUUCGAGCGGGGAAACAUGAUCAUGAUGAAAGAGUCAUUUCAUUGGCAGUGACUGCGCCGACUAGUUGAGCCGGGAUCCCGAGCGACAUACCCCGCCAGACGGGCUUUCAUGAUACCACUGUGUUUGAUACCACUGUGUUUUUAUCUUUUCUUUGCUGUUUCUCUUUUCUUCCGGUUAUUAUUCUCAGAUACCACACCAUGUACACCAUAUCAGACUGGUGAAGUAAUGUUUCUCUUUGAUAAUCUCACCCUCUUUGCGUCUUGAUCUGUUUGUAAUCAAUGUUCUUUCUCUAGUUGAUUUUUCUUCCGUUGUGUUCAGAUCAAGUGACAGGGGUCAGUAAGCCAGCAAAUCGGGAGCAUCAGCGACGGAGCAUUCGAUAAUGAUAGCGAUUGAACAUGAGGAAGCAGGGCGGGUGCAACUGAAAUGAAAGCGGAGUAAACCCCUCCUUCACGUUGUGCUGUACGGUCCACAAGCACGGACGAAAGAUAAAGAAAGGAAAAGAAAGAAGGAAAUUCCAACAAAAUCACAAAAUAAAUCAAAAAACCCACCCCAAGCCGAAGCAGAGGCCUGCCACUUUUUAAGAAGUCAAAAGAGUUCGGCAGAGUUGCCUGAGGGUUCUUCAGAUGAAACUGAGCCGGACCCAAAGCGGCACCUUCGGCAAGGCCCAGUCGAUCGGUGGGUUCCAUUCGGCUUGGAUUCCUUUCAGGACUGACGAAAUUUCACCAGCGUCCAAUUUCUUUCCCCGUCAUUUACCUUGUCGGUAACCCUAACUGUGCUUACCCUUGUACUUGACUACUGACUACAGAGUCGGCUGAAGAAUAGCCCCUGUAUUUUUUUUUAUUGUUCAAGUACCACGAAUAGAUAAAAGGAGAGGGGGGAAAUGAACCAGUGAAAUAGGAAAAAGAAAGCAGGUUUUCCGACUUCUUUAACCGGCAACGGUCACCUUCACAGUUCACGUAGCAAGCGUUCUGUUCCCCCUCCUUCAAUAUAUGGAGAAUACUGGAGACUGGAGAAUUGAAAAAAUGGAGAAGGCACGAAAACCAUCACAAAUCAAGGUUGGGCAAGUCGGAAGUGCCCCCCCUCCCCCAGUCCUCUAAAGCCAACAAUUCCAUCCGUCGCGCGUGUCGAUCUUCAGCAAUCCCUCCCGAUCUUCGUCUGUUUUUCUUUCAAUUUUAGGCUUUGCUCUUUCUGUUUCGAUGAUUUAAUAUUUUUUAAUUCCCUUUUUCCAACCCCAGCCCUGCUUGCCCUGUGUCCACUUUACUCCGGCGGCUUCCCCCUUCCGAUCAUCCCGGGUUUUCCCUUUUUUUAUAUAUUUUAUUUAUUUUCUGGGUCGUUUGUUAGGACGAUGGGAAAGUAUUCCGAUGAUGCUUCUUGAUGCGGGACGGAGUAACUACUGCUUUUAACAUGAGGGAAUUGCCAUUCUCUCAAUUCAAUAACCUAACUGACUACAUGAAAAUACAUGACAUAACACAUGAAGUAGUGGUCUCUGUCCUAAAGAAGGCAUCCCGAACGUGGCAGUCCAU